GUGGUGGGCACUAUGAACGAAGAGCAGUUUGUGAGCAUCGACUUGGACGAUGACAACGUCUGCAGCGUCUGCAAGCUGGGGACCGAGAAGGAAACGCUCUCUUUUUGCCACGUUUGUUUUGAGCUGAACAUCGAAGGAGUGCCAAAGUCAGAUCUUCUACAUACAAGAUCUUUAAGGGGGCACAGAGACUGCUUUGAAAAAUUCCACUUAAUAGCAAAUCAGGACUGUCCACGAUCAAAGCUCUCUAAAAGUCCAUAUGCUGAAGUAAAAAAUAUUUUGAGCAAAAAAAUUAACUGGAUCAUACAGUAUGCACAAAACAAGGAUUUAGACUCUGAUCCUGAAAGCUCAAAAACUUCCCAACACCAGCUUUUUAACUUCAGACAUCAGACUGAUAGAAAACUACUCCCACAGUUUGACUCCCCAGUACCUAGAUACUCUGCAAAAUGGAUAGAUGGGAAUUCUGGAGGCAUCUCAAGCUGCUCACAAGCUCUUUUGGAACAAAGAGAAUCUGCUGAUUUUAGACUUGGUGUUUUACAAGAAACAGGUGCUACCUUCUGUUGCAACAGUGUUCUGUGGUCAAAUCACAAGCAGGUCCAAAAAGCUGAAAAAGCUGAAGGUGAUUCACUUGGCAGUGUUCAUAGAAGGCAUCCUCAAUACAACAGGGAAGAAUUGGCUAUGAUGUCUCUUGAAGAUCUAAAACAGCUUAAUGAAAAACUGCUCAAGCAAAUCCAGGAUGUGUUUGAAGAGCUGACACAGCAAGUCCAAGAAAAGGAUUCUUUGGCCUCUGAGCUGAAUGUCCGGCAUAUUGCUAUCGAGCAGCUGCUGAAGAACUACUCCAAACUGCCAUGUCUGCAGAUGGGACGAGCAGGGACGAAAUCCAAUGUCCCUAUAUAAAGGGAUAAGAUGUCUGUCCUCCCACAGAGCUAAC